AUGGGUGCGCAUGCAGCCCCGCAUGUGCGCGCCCCCGCAUUAACAACAUUCUUCUCAACCAAAACCGACAGAUUGGUCAACAUCCUUUGCCUGAAUCUGAUCAUCAUGUUCUUGUUAUCAUCAUCUAGAAUUGUGGCUGCGUCAGAUGCAGAUGCCUUGUUGAAAUUCAAGGACAGUCUGUCGAACAAUGUUGAUGCUCUGGGUAGUUGGAACAAUUCCACGAGUCCAUGUUCUGGGAAUUACGCAAACUGGAUCGGUGUGCUUUGCACCGAUGGCGACAUCUGGGGUCUGCAGCUGGAGAACAUGGGCCUAACAGGGGACAUAGAUGUCGAUGCACUUCUUCUGUUGCCCCACCUUCGCACUCUCAGCUUCAUGAACAACAAAUUCGACGGUGACUUCCCUGAUUUCUACAAGCUGGGGGCCUUGAAGUCAUUGUUCCUCUCCAAUAAUCAAUUCUCCGGUUCGAUUCCUGACAAUGCAUUUGCAGGAAUGGCUUCUUUGAAAAAGUUGUAUUUGUCCCACAAUGCUUUCCAGGGCAACAUUCCUACCUCCCUUGCCCAAUUGCCCAAGCUUAUUGAGUUAAGGCUUGAGGGUAACCAAUUUACAGGCCUCUUACCCAAUUUUCAGCAGAAGGAUCUCAAAGAUGUCAAUGUAUCUUACAAUCAAUUGGAGGGUCCUAUUCCACCGGCUCUCAUCAAUGUUAGCCCCACUUCAUUUUCAGGAAACAAAGAUCUGUGUGGGAAGCCUCUGGACUCAGUAUGCAAAUCCUCCAAGCUUAAUCCUAACCCACCAAACUCAUCCUCCAAUGUACCUAGUCCAUCCAGUGUUCCUACCCUCGAGGACGCUCCCAACAAGAAAACAUCUACCCUGAAGAUAGCCAUGAUUGUGAUUGCUUGUGGAGUAGCAUUAGCGGCAAUCAUUGUGCUUUUGAUCAUAUACUGUCGCAGCAGAAACCAAACAUCACAAUUAGGGCGUCCGGAAUCAUCAUCCUACAAGCAUAGCACAAGUCUGGCAGCUGCUGCUUCACUGCACACAGCCGGUUUGGUUAAACCUACAGAGCUGAGCCGCAGGAGCUCAAAGAAGGGUGCUGCUGCAGCUGAACUUGGGAAGCUGUCAUUUGUGAGGGAUGAUAGAGAGAGGUUUGACUUGCAAGACUUGCUGAGAGCAUCUGCAGAAGUGUUGGGGAGUGGCAACUUUGGGUCUUCCUACAAGGCCGUGCUCUUGGACGGCCAAGCGGUGGUUGUGAAGAGGUUCAAGCUAAUGAAUAAUGUCGGUAGAGAAGAGUUUCAUGAGCACAUGAGAAGGCUAGGCAGGUUGAGACACCCCAACUUGCUCCCCCUUGUGGCUUAUUACUAUAGAAAAGAAGAGAAGUUGUUGGUAUUUGACUUUGUACAUAAUGGCAGCUUGGCCAGUCACCUUCACGGGAACCAUAGUGUGGAGCAACCUGGGCUUGAUUGGCCAGCCCGCUUGAAAAUUGUCAAAGGAGUAGCUAGAGGCUUAGUUCACCUGCAGAGUGAGCUCCCUAGCCUAAUAGUUGCCCAUGGUCACCUGAAAUCUUCCAACGUGCUUCUGAAUGAAGUCUUCGAGCCCCUAUUAAUGGAUUACACUCUGGCGCCUUUGGUUAACCAAGAACAUGCCCAGCAGAUCUUGGUGGCUUACAAGUCUCCAGAGUAUGCCCAACAUGGCCGAACAACUAAGAAGACUGAUGUUUGGAGUCUCGGAAUACUGAUAUUGGAGAUACUGACUGGGAAGUUCCCUGCUAACUACCUCGCACAAGGUACUGGUAAUCUAGCAAGUUGGGUUGACUCCAUUGUUAAAGAUCAAGAGACUGCUCGUGUUUUCGAUGAAGAGAUGGGAUCAUAUGCCAAGAACGGUACUGCUGAAGAGGAGGAAAUGCUAAGACUUUUCAAGAUUGGAGUGGCUUGUUGCCAAGAGGAUGUUGAGAAAAGGUUGGAUUUGAAGGCAGCUGUUGAAAAAAUUGAACAGUUAAAGGAGAGCCACAGUGACAUUGUGGUGGAUGAUCAUGUGUAGAGUGAGGGAGUUGAUGGGUUGGCUCAAUCAGUACUCUUCACUUCCUGUCCCCGAUGAUUAUCUUAUUAACGACAGAACUUGUUUGUUGCCGUGGGUUGAAUGUGGAAGCUGGAAUCUGUAGGCAAUGAGAUUGCUUUUUAAACAUAGCUGGCUGGUGUUUUCCAAUUUUUUUUGUUUACAAAAACCAAAAAAAUGGUAGUAGUAAUUUUGUUCAUAUACCUUGAUGUUCAGGGGAAUAAAUU